CUCGCAAGGUGCGCGGGCCAAACGCAAAUGCCCCUCCGCCAAAUUACACAAAUGCAGAUCACCCUGAAUGAUGUAGUCAACCCCAAUCGAAGCAGAAGGCGCAUACAGCGGCUCUACAGCCGCACAAAACCUCCGUUGACAGCAUCAACACAUCGAAUGCAAAAAUCAAUUACUACAGGACAUCCACUACAAGAAAACUUGCUAUUCAGCCUAGAAUCCCGGCGAGGAAACAACCUAAACAAUCAGCGAACGCUCUUCUCCUGGCCUCGAAGAUGAGCUACAAGAGUAUCCUCGAUGGUAACACUGUACCCAGUUCAUCAGACCCGUCAAGCCUGUCUACGAAACUCACUUCGAAGCCCACAUCCCAUAAAUCUGCUGAACAAGGUCGCCGCAAUCACAUCAACACGGCAUUGCAAGAGCUGCAAAAUCUCGUAUCUCCAAAUCGGAACACAACCACUGACGUGAAUCCUGAACGGGGCGAUUAUACUAACAUCUCGAAGGCAGCGCAGAUCGAAAGUGCGGUCGGUUAUAUCAAGCACUUGAACGCCAACUUAUCUGCCAGAGGUGACCAACUCCGAACGUACUCGGUUGUAGGGCCGACGAAGCCAUUCUCUGAGGCACAAACUUCUUGGAACGAUAUUUACAUGCCCUCGGGACCAUCUGGGGCCAGCAUCUUCAAUUUGGGAUCCCGACCAUUCGUUCAAAGACCCAAGACGACGUCGGACUGCAUACCACUCCCAACGGCUGUUAGUCUUAACGAAAUGGCGUGACUCAGAACAGUGAUCCUUCCUCUUUUUACGGAACCCCAUACUCGAACCACAUGAACCAGCUAGAGCAAGAGUACGACAAGCAGGCUGACGAGUAUGAGUGUACGGGAUGGCACGAUCAAGCAUCCGACAGCAGGACUGCAGAGAGCGGGAAGCCUCCAGAUGUGAAUUACAACAGGGUAUGUGUAACUGCGUGAGCAGUGUCGCUCGGAGACUGUGGUCAACGAUUGUAUUGCUAUCUGUUGUCGUGUUGUGAUGUUCUGUCCCAGAAGCUCUCAGCUCUGGGGUAAGCGCACUUGCCCAUCAGGCACUACCUGCUACAAUAGGAUAUCGUGUGAUCUAAGCCACGUGGUCACAGUAUGC